UUAUAUUGUGACUAACAGACUGUUUUGAUAGUUUGUCGUUUUCCAGUACCUUAAGUAAGCACGUUCUUUAUCUGUCCGUCUUUGUAAUGGCUUGUGUGCAUACAACAGGUCUAAGUUGUUGUUUGGAACCUGCAUCAUUCAGGACUCCCCUAUGAACAUGGAGCUAAUGUAUGAAUAUAUCAGUAAGGAUCACCUGCUCUCAUACACUGUUGGUGCCUUUGUGCUGUUGUGGGCUUUGAUAUGGCUAUACCGUGACAGCCUGGAACUUGAUAAACUCAAAGAGAAGUAUGUGUUCAUCACCGGCUGUGAUUCAGGUUUUGGAAACCUGCUAUGUAAACGACUGGACAAACGUGGUUUCCGUGUGUUGGCCGGUUGCUUGACAGAAAAAGGAGCAGAUGACCUGAAGAGAGUGUCGGGACCUUAUCUGAAAACCUGCAUACUGGAUGUUACUAGCACAGCUAGCAUUCAGAACGCUGUGGAAUGGACAAAGAAGGAGGUUGGAGACAGAGGACUGUGGGGGAUUGUCAACAAUGCAGGACGGUCGUUACCCAUGGGUCCUUCUGAGUGGAUGCAGAUCGAGGAUUUCCACAGCACUCUAAGGGUCAACAUGACUGGUGUGAUUGAGACAACCAUGAAUUUUCUGCCACUUGUCAAGAGAGCCCGUGGCCGAAUUGUUAAUAUAGCUUCGGUGCUGGGCAGAGUGGCAGCGAAUGGAGGUGGAUACUGCAUUUCCAAAUCUGCAGUGGAAUCCUUUUCAGAUUGUCUCAGGAGGGACAUUCAACAUUUUGGAAUCAAAGUGUGUAUAAUAGAACCCGGGUUCUUCAAGACCCAGAUGACAAGCCUGGAACCACUUGAACGGGAACUUCAUCGCCUGUGGAACCAACUGACACCUGAAGUGAAAGAAAGCUAUGGAGAUAAAUAUCUUGAUAAGUAUAUCAAUGUACAGAAGUUGAUCAUGAAUGCUAUUUGUGAUGCUGAUUUAAGUAAAGUGACCAACUGCAUGGAGCACGCUCUGUCUGCUGUUCACCCAAGGACCCGAUACAGUGCUGGCUGGGAUGCCAAACUCCUCUGGAUCCCUCUCUCUUACAUGCCAGCUUGUGUUGUUGACAUUGCUCUAAGAUUGGUGUUGCCACGGCCAGCCAAGAGCGUUUUAUAGAUCCAAACUUAAGUUGAGUUUGACCAUAUCCAGUGUUCCCUAGCUAAUUUAGACAGGAGCUUAAAGUAGUCUACUCGAAAGGACAGGUUACUUGUAUUUACACUGUAUUUAAAUUAUGCAAAGUAACUGAUCAUGCCUGUGUAUGUUUUGUCUUGUUUGAUGAAAUUGCUGUUGUGUGUUCUUCUAUGCAACAGGUGACAUCUUGAUCCCUUCAAAAUUGCCUUAAUUGCCAGGAAACCAAAAAUGACUGACCAAAUAUUUUGCUUAUAGCUAACCUGUGCCUUUUUCUCACUGUAAUUUUAUUGGCAGAUCAACAAUAAUAUUUUAAUCUACCAAGUUUCAGAAAUAUUUAAUAUGUGAAUAAAACCAUUGUAUAAUACAACUAAGUCAAGUUUGUUAAAGUUACUUGACACCAAUUUAAGAGUAAGUCAAUAAAAUUGAAUAAAACAAUCUUCUCAACCCCUCAAAAUUGUCAAGCUACAACUACUUGUUUAACAGUGUAUAUUCCAUUUUCAUUCAAAUUGAUUCAUCCUGUUAUACAAUGCAGUGGCAAGAAAAAGUAAGUGAACCCUUUGGAAUGACCUUCAUUUAUGUAUAAAUUUAUCUUAAAAGAUUGUCAUCUAAUUUGCAAUCAUGA